AAGGGCAGCGUCGGGGUCGAGUUAGAGCAAGGCUUAGUAAUGGCGGCGUCUGGGGAGCCCGGGAGGCCCAGGCAGGAGGAGGUGGCGGCAGCGGUGGUGGUGGUGGGUUCCUGCAUGACCGACCUGGUCAGUCUUACUUCUCGCUUGCCAAAAACUGGAGAAACCAUCCACGGACAUAAGUUUUUCAUUGGCUUUGGAGGGAAAGGUGCCAACCAGUGCGUCCAAGCUGCUCGGCUUGGAGCGAAGGCGUCCAUAGUCUGCAAGGUUGGCAAAGAUUCUUUUGGCAAUGAUUACAUAGAAAACUUAAAACAGAAUCAUAUUUCUACAGAAUUUACAUAUCAGACCAGAGAUGCUGCAACAGGCACUGCUUCUAUAAUUGUCAAUGAUGAAGGCGAGAAUAUCAUUGUCAUAGUGGCUGGAGCGAAUCUGCUUUUGAAUACUGAAGACUUGCAGAAGGCAGCCAGUGUCAUUAGCAGAGCCAGAGUGAUGAUCUGCCAACUCGAAAUAAGCCCAGCAACUUCUCUGGAAGCUCUGACAAUGGCCCACAGCAGUGGAGUGACAACAUUGUUCAACCCCGCUCCUGCCGUUGCCGACCUGGACCCCCAGUUCUACGCCCUCUCCAGUGUCUUCUGCUGCAAUGAGAGCGAGGCUGAGAUUUUAACGGGCCUCGCGGUGAGUAACCCGACCGAGGCUGGGAAGGCUGCAUUGCUUCUCCUAGAACGGGGCUGCCAGGUCGUGGUCAUUACCUUAGGAGCUUCAGGAUGCGUGACACUGUCGCAGACGGAGCCUGUUCCAAAGCACAUUCCCACAGAAGCAGUCAAGGCUGUGGAUACCACGGGUGCUGGUGACAGUUUUGUGGGCGCGCUGGCCUUCUACCUGGCCUACUACCCGAAUCUACCCAUGGAAGAAAUGCUCAAGAGAUCAAAUUUCAUCGCUGCAGUCAGCGUCCAGGCUACAGGAACGCAGUCCUCUUAUCCAUACAAAAAAGACCUUCCUCCUGCUCUAUUCUGACUGCUGCUAGCCCCCAAAAAAUAUAAUCUGGGAAUAAAGUGCACAUGGGUGUGGCUUCUUAGCUCA